AUACACGCCCGGACACACGCAGCUUUCUCCUUUUAUUGAAGAUCAAUAUGCUGAUUUCCUUCACCACCUCCACCCCCAGGAGAUCACUGACGAUCUCUCUCUAAGGAUCUCUAUCUCUCUCUGUGUGUAUUUGUCUUUCACCCCCUCUCUGAGCUGCUGUCGUCGUCUCUGGAGGAAGACUCUCCUUUACUUACACACUUACACACACACAGAGAGAGAGAGAGAGAGAGAGAGCUAAUGAAGUAGAGAGCGGCGGCGGCGGCACCUCCUGACCGCCAUUCCGCACCUAAAAACUUUCCAUUUCCCUCUGCCCACUCUUUGGGACUUCCUUUUGAUCCACCCUUCCCCCCCCCACCCAACACGCAUCGCUGGUGUGUGUGUGUGUGUGUAUGUGGAGGAGGGGAAGCGAAGAGUGUGUGAGGGCUGCUGGAGAUUUACAAUCUGCCUUCACGCUUUUGGGACCCAGGAGGGGGGGGGGAAACCCCCGAAGAGUUCCACCAUGGGCUGCGAGUGAAAGGCACUCUUAUGUGUGUGUUUGUGCCGAAGUUGGGGCUUUUUCCUCUAUUGCUUCCAGAAGUGCAAGCUGUGCCUUUAACCCACGUUGAGGGAGAUUUCUCCACUGUCAAAUGCAAAGAUCUCCAUGGUAACUCAAACCCCCAGCCUCUUUUCAGCUGCCUGCAAGAAGCAGUCUUCAGCAGCUCAGAGGUCUCACGACCAGAGCGUGGAUCACACUUCUUGCAAACCUCAUCAUAUUGAGGUGGGGCUAAGAUGAGCAUAACCAGUGACGAAGUGAAUUUCUUGGUGUAUCGCUAUCUCCAGGAGUCAGGUUUCUCCCAUUCAGCUUUUACAUUUGGAAUAGAGAGUCAUAUUAGCCAGUCCAACAUCAAUGGAACACUAGUGCCACCUGCUGCCCUCAUCUCCAUACUUCAGAAAGGCCUGCAGUAUGUGGAAGCAGAGAUAAGCAUCAAUGAGGAUGGUACAGUAUUCGAUGGCAGACCUAUAGAGUCCCUAUCACUGAUAGAUGCAGUAAUGCCUGAUGUCGUCCAGACCCGGCAGCAGGCCUUCAGAGAGAAAUUAGCUCAACAACAGGCAAGUGCAGCACCAACCACAGCUACAACAGCUGCAGCAACGACAACGACAUCUACGGCAACGACAACAGCUAUCCCACAGCAGAACACACCAAAGAAUGGAGAAGCCACUGUGAAUGGAGAGGAGAACGGGGCACAUGCAAUAAAUAAUCAUUCAAAACCAAUGGAAAUUGAUGGAGAUGUUGAAAUUCCUCCUAACAAAGCAACAGUUCUCCGGGGCCAUGAAUCAGAAGUGUUCAUUUGUGCCUGGAAUCCAGUCAGUGAUUUGCUGGCAUCAGGAUCUGGUGAUUCCACUGCCAGAAUAUGGAAUCUUAAUGAAAACAGCAAUGGUAGCUCUACCCAGCUAGUUUUGAGGCACUGUAUAAGAGAAGGAGGACACGAUGUCCCAAGCAAUAAGGAUGUGACAUCGUUGGACUGGAACAGUGAUGGAACACUACUGGCUACAGGAUCAUACGAUGGCUUUGCAAGAAUAUGGACAGAAGAUGGAAAUCUUGCAAGCACCUUAGGUCAACAUAAAGGACCCAUCUUUGCUCUGAAGUGGAACAAAAAGGGAAAUUACAUUUUAAGCGCUGGUGUUGAUAAGACCACAAUAAUUUGGGAUGCUCAUACAGGGGAAGCUAAACAACAGUUUCCUUUCCACUCAGCCCCUGCUCUGGAUGUAGACUGGCAGAACAACACUACUUUUGCAUCUUGUAGCACUGACAUGUGCAUACAUGUAUGUAGACUUGGCUGUGAUCGUCCAGUCAAAACGUUUCAGGGCCAUACGAAUGAAGUCAAUGCAAUCAAAUGGGAUCCCUCUGGUAUGCUUUUAGCAUCCUGUUCCGAUGAUAUGACCUUAAAGAUUUGGAGUAUGAAGCAAGAUACGUGUGUACAUGACCUUCAGGCACAUAACAAAGAGAUUUAUACUAUCAAAUGGAGUCCAACGGGACCAGGGACCAGCAACCCCAGCUCCAAUAUUAUGUUGGCAAGUGCUUCAUUUGAUUCUACUGUUCGGUUGUGGGACGUUGAAAGAGGAGUCUGCACUCACACGUUAACCAAACAUCAAGAACCUGUCUACAGUGUAGCUUUUAGUCCUGAUGGAAAAUAUUUAGCCAGUGGGUCCUUUGACAAAUGUGUCCAUAUAUGGAAUACUCAGAGUGGAACUCUAGUACAUAGCUACAGAGGCACUGGAGGAAUAUUUGAAGUCUGCUGGAAUGCUAGAGGAGACAAAGUGGGAGCCAGUGCAUCAGAUGGAUCGGUUUGUGUUUUAGACCUGCGAAAGUAAUUAUUUUUAGACAAAAUUGGAAAUGGACCAGCAUUGAAUGUGUGGGUAGAAGCACUCUUCAGAACUAUUUUAACAUCUCUAAAACUGCAAGUAUUGGGGGAAACAUACAGAAAUGGAAACAAAAAACAAAACAACAAAAAACCAACCAACCAACAACAGAGUGUACAACAAAGGCAACUCUACCAGGCAAUAGUAGCCUGUGAUGUUUUGUCCAUAACCUUCACCAAGGAGUCAAAAACGCAAUCAUUUGGGGGAGGGGUGGGGACAGUUUCCACCUGAACCCUUCAGCCUUCAGAAGCAAGUGGGAGUACAGCACCGGCUUAAAGCCCUGCAGUUUUUGGUUUGGGUCUCUGGGAACUCGUUCUGAUGGCUGCAGAAGAGAAGAGGAAAAGCUGUGCCAAAAAAUUAUAAUAAUUGAAAAAAAAAUCCUAUAAAGCAAAAUGCUUUGCGAAACCAAAAUGGGAAAAAUAAUCCUUCUCCAUAUGGUGUUGUAUUUUUUCCCUUCCAAUCUGGACACUACAGUUGCUCUCCCAAAGGACGUUCAAAGACCAGUUUGUACCGAUCACACCUACAACUUUGUAAUCACAACACUUUCUAUUUUCUAGACUACUUUUAUUUGUUCAGUGGUUGUUGUUUUUUAAUCAGCUGGUAUAUUAUAACCUUGAGGAUCACAGGCAUAGGUUUGAACUGAAUCUCUUUUAUUUUCAUUUCCCUCCUUCCCUCCCCUUUUCUGUAUGUUUGUUUUGCUUUGCUGUGGCUUUUGAUGCCCAUAGUCAAUGCAGCCAGGUGGGCAUAAUGGAAGACUGAAAGAGACUGGUCCUCUCCCCCCUCCCUCCCUCCCCCCUUGCACACCAUUCUUUCUCCUCUUCUCUCUCUGUUUUCUUCUUUUUAGAUACUUCCAUACUUCAAAUCUUAGGGUCUCAUGGGCACUUUCAACAAAUGGUGUAAUAAGUGCUUUAUGUAAGAAUGCAGUGCCGGGAAAGCUUUUUACAGGAGAAAGAUGACUUUUUAAAAAAAGAAAGAACCCAGUGUAUUUUUGGAAAGAAAAAAAAUAGUAGUAUUUUUAUGUUAAUGACAAUUUUAGAAGGUUAAAAUCUCUACCAGAUGUAGAUUGGAUUGUGUUAGUCAUUCAAAAGAACAAUUUGGAUGGAUCCUAAUACAAAUUGAAGAUACAGUAUCUUUUUUAAACUCUCUUCCACAUAAAAGGCAAUUUCCUAAAUACAUUUCAGGGUGUUGCUUCUUUUACAAAUAAAAACUAUCGCUGCAGGGAAAAAUGCUUUUACAACUUAACUUCAUUGGCAGAUCUUAGUGAUGCUAAGUAUAAUCAUAUUUUUCCAGAGAUUUAAGAGUUCUAAAAAAUCGCUUUUCCAAUUCAUAUGUAUAACUACUAAUAUGUAAACAUACCCAUCAUAGUUUUCUCACAAAACUAGUUCUCCACUGGGACAAGGCAUGAUUCUGCCUUUGUAUUCAGAAUGGGCAACUCUGUGUGACUUAUUUCUGACGUGCAUACUCCCCCAUACACGUGCUUAGAGUUGUCUUAUAAAAUUUAUUAAGAACAGAUUUUUAUUAUUGAUUUAAAUAUCAGAUUUCAUAUUGGUUCAAGCCAACAGUUGCUGUGAUUUUUUAAAAAAUCAUUCUUAAUAUUUCCUUUUUAAUCCAAACCCCAGUUCUCAAGUAUUUCAUUUAUCAUUUACCUCUCCCUGGAACACUCAGUACUCUGAAUAGAUUGGCAAGUUUUCUAUAUGAGGAAGAUACCACCUCUUUAACAUUGGGUCCCUUAAUUUCCAGGGCUCAACAAGGACUACUCCCCAAUACAUUUAAGAAAUUGCAUUUUUAUUUU